AUGGCUGGCACCGCCCAAGCAUACCCGCACGAUGUGCGCGGGUCGGUCCCGCGGGGGCGACGCGCACGCUCGGAGAAAUCCCACGGACAACUCUCGGUGGCGUGCGCUCUCUGGCGGCACCGCUCGGGAGCAACGUGUGUUCCGAGUCCUGCGCGCUCUGCACCUGUUCGGGUCGGACGUGUGCCUCCGAGAGAACGGUGUAUCGUGCCGGUGACUGCGUCGUACGUCCUUCUGCGCCCAGUGGCACUCCGCCCUCCUCGGCAGACGUGCCGGCCCCAGGUCGCUCGGGCCCCAGGCCGAGGCCGGGCCCGGGCCCUGCCACCUCUCUGGAGCUCCCCCUCGGACCGUCCCCGCAGUGGCCGCGGCAUGGGGAAGGCCGCGGCGGAGAGGGCCUCCCCGGCCCCCGCUCGGAAGGCUGGGCCUGCCUCUCCGUCCUCUUCAGCCGCGCCUCCCCGAUGGAUUCUGAUCAGCGGGCAGCCGGGCUGCGGGAAGACCUACAUGAUCGAGCGCGAGGUCCAGAGGCUGGCGUCCCUGGGCGUUCGCUGCCAGGGCUUCUACACGGCCGAAACCCUGCAGACGAAGGGCAGCGCCAGAGACGGUUUCGACAUCGUGUGCCACCCUUCUGGAGUCCGGCGUGCCCUGGCGAGAAAGGCCACCGCCUCUGGGGUCGACUCGAGCGCUUGGCGCGCGCGGACGGGGCCCUACAAGGUCGACGUGAGCGCAAUCGACGAGACAGUCGUGCCCGUGCUCACAGCAGCGAGACCGCAUCCCGACAUCUACGUCAUCGACGAGAUCGGCCGAAUGGAGAUGCACUCAAAGAAGUUCUGCAAGGCUGUGGAGGCCCUCUUCGGGUCCGGGUCCCUGCUCUUCGGGUCCAUUGCCGCGCCGCGGUACGGGCACGUGGUUCCUUACUGUGAGCGCCUGAAGAGGCGGAAAGGCGUCUGCGUCUUGGGGCUGAAGAAGAGCACCCGGGAGGAGGUAAGAGCUGCAGAGGAGGAUUCGGGAGGCGCUGGGCGAGAAACUCCUCGGGCGACGCCGUGCUUCGAAGCCGGGCGCCGUGCGGAGGAGGCGCAGUGA